UUUUUUUUUUAAUAAUUCCCCAAUCGUAUCAAAAAUUUAGGAAUUGAAAAUUUGUUUUUUUAUAAUUCAAGAAUCUCACACUCAUCUUUGCUAUCAGAAGAGUUCCUUUGUUCUUCGUUUUCCAGUCUCCAUUUCCCCUCACGAUUUCAUAAACUGUGAAAAUAUUCAAUUCUAUUAAGGUCCUGAAGUUGGCAUUUUGUGGUUCAGUGAUAAAGCACUGCGUUAACAUAGAUUUCAAAACCCUAGUGUGGAUUUCGAUUAUACUUCGGGAUUUUGAAGUGGAAUGGUAGGGAAAGAGGAUGAAGCUAGUGGGGAGAGUAAUAACAUCGACAGUGCUGGUACACGACUCCAUCAUCCCAUUCCAGGUAACAGGAAAAUGUAUUGGAGGUCAGCUUCAUGGUCGUCUUCUCAUGUAUCAUUACCACCACUUAAUCCCGACAGUGUAAAAGACACUUCAGAUCCAAGUAAUGGUGGACAGAUUCGAAGGUGUCCUGUCCCAUUAACUCCUAGAUCAAACAGUAAAGGCCGAUCAUUUCUACCACCAUUAUCAAUUGCUAGAAGAAGCUUAGAUGAAUGGCCAAGAGCAGGUUCAGAUGAUGUUGGUGAGUGGCCAAUUCCCAGCACACCUAGUGGCGAAAGGCUAAAGCUUGAUUUAUCAUCAAUCCAAAGAAUCCCAGAUAAGAAUCCUUCCCUUGUGAAAAGAGAUAAGAUUGCUUUCUUUGAUAAAGAAUGUUCAAAAGUAGCAGAACAUAUCUUCCUAGGUGGUGAUGCAGUUGCACGCGAUAAAGACAUACUCAAACAACACAAAAUCACUCACAUUCUCAAUUGUGUAGGCUUUGUUUGUCCUGAAUACUUCAAAGGACAUUUCGUGUACAGAACUUUAUGGUUACAAGAUAGCCCUUCAGAAGACAUAACAAGCAUACUAUACGAUGUAUUCGAUUACUUUGAAGAUGUUAGAGAACAAAAUGGGAAAGUUUUUGUACAUUGUUGUCAAGGGGUAUCUCGGUCAACUUCAUUGGUGAUCGCAUAUCGUAUGUGGAGAGAAGGUCAAAGCUUUGAUGAUGCUUUUCAAUACGUAAAAGCUGCAAGAGAAAUCGCGGAUCCAAAUAUGGGAUUCGCAUGCCAACUUUUACAAUGUCAGAAAAGGGUACACGCGUUUCCUUUAUCUCCAAGCUCAUUACUUAGAUUAUAUAGAAUUGCACCUCAUUCAUCAUAUGACCCUUUACAUCUUGUUCCAAAAAUGUUAAAUGUUCCUUCCCCAGUUGCUCUAGAUUCUAGGGGUGUCUUCAUUAUGCAUAUACCUUCAAGUAUUUACAUUUGGGUGGGUGUAAAAUGUGGAUCUUUAAUGGAAAGAGAUGCAAGAGGUGCAGUUUGUCAGAUUGUUAGAUAUGAAAAGGUCCAAGGGCCGAUAGUUGUGGUGAAAGAAGGGGAAGAACCUUCUUACUUUUGGGAUGCUUUUUCGAGUCUUUUACCUUUGAUGGAUAAAUCAGGAAAGGUGAUUGAUGUUUCAAAGUUGACUAAAGUAACCCCGGGUGAUAGAAUAGUUGACUCCUACAAUGUUGACUUUGAGAUUAUACAGAAAGCAAUUGUGGGUGGAUUUGUCCCUCCUUUUGCUUCUUUUGAAACUGAACAAGAAACUCAUUUACCAGUUAGAGAAAGUAGUUGGAGUGUUUUGAGACGUAAAUUUGCACAUGGAAACAUGAAGGAGUUUGUUUUAGCUUCCAAAUCUGCCCCUUCUAGAGUCUACCCUGAUUCUUCUUUACUCAUGGGUUCAGAUAACAAUUCUAAUUCUAAUUCUAAUUUUCUUUUUUCUUCAAGAUCUUCAUUUUCUUCAUCAUCAUCAUCGUCAUCUCCUGAUUCCCAAUCUUCCGAUUCCACCAUUAGCUCCUCCAAAUGCUAUUCCGAUUCCCCUGUUGCAUCUCCUUCUGUAUUGUCAACAUUUUCAACUUUAUCACUUGCUCCGAUUCUUCCAUCUAAACUCUCGCCUCAUUCCAUUUCCAAAACUUCUGAAUUCAUUGAUGUGAAUUUCACUUCAAACUCAUGUUCACAAUCGGUUUUAUCACCUUCAAAAAGGUCUUCACUUUCGAUUGCUGAACGCAGAGGUAGUGCUCCUAAAUGUCUUAAACUACCAAUGAUGAGUGAUGACGAAUCUCUUGUUCAGGGCUCUUGUUCAAAUAGUUUGACCGAGUUUGACCAGAAAUCUAAAGCUUCACAAGAAGAUCAGAAUGUGAAGCAAGAAUUAAUGGUGCUUGAGUGGCCUAGUUUGGAAAAGGUUAUGAGAUUUUAUGCUGGUGACAUGGAUUCCAGUCGCGUGUUUAUUUUCGUGACUCCGGAAUCAAGUUCCGGAAUUGGGGAUUCCGGUUUGUAUUUAUGGGUGGGAAAAGGUUUCUUGCAUGAUAAAGAAUAUAAAGAUAGUGAAAGGUGUGCUGAGCUGGCAGAUUUUUCUGUGAAAGAAGUUAUUAAUAAUCUUGUUUCCAAGAUGGGUUUGUCAAAGGACACUCAUGUUAAGGUGGUGAAGCAAGAUGAAGAACCUUCAGAAUUUGUUGCUCUCCUGAGUUCAUUGUAGCAGGGUGUAGUGAUCAGGUGUUGUGCAACCUUUCCUGUUCUCUCUGCAGCCUAGAUAUAACAUUCCAGCAAAAAAAAAAAUGCUGGAAAAAGAAAUCGAGAUUGAGAAUGUAUCAAGGUUUCAGUGGCAAACUAAGCAAAUCUGCUCCUUUUGUGUUCUAACCUCUCAACACAUUGGUUGUAUUGUAUAUUUAUCUUUAUUAAACAAUUUUAUAUAAUCGUAAUUUAAGGGAGGAGUAGAUUCACUGAUUAUGCUUUGAUGUUAAAUGUAGCAUUUUUCUACCAUGUUCAUGAUAAUUUCUAGUAUGAAUUUGAUGGAUGCACAAACUUUAUGUACA